AUGUAUCAUUAUUACACAAACAGUCUACUACAGCCAGAUCCAACUCCACUACUCACGCGACAUGCGGCGUUAAAUAGAGACCGUGAGGAAGGGCAUCGGCGGCUAGUUAACGAUUACUUUGCGGAAAAUUGUGUCUACCAGCCAAGCGAUUUCAAAAAAAGAUUUUGUUUGCGAAAAAAUGUCUUUGAAAGGAUAGCCAACGCUAUGGAAGCAAGGUAUGAAUUUUUCCAAAUGAGACAUGAUGCUAGAGGUAAACGAGGCUUCAUAGGGUUGCAAAAAUGUGUAGCUGCAAUUAAACUUAUGGCAAUGGGGGAGUCGCCCGAUUCUGUUGACGAUUAUAUGAGAAUCUUUGAGAGGACCGCACGAGAAAGUUUGUAUUUAUUGGCAAGAGGUGUUGUCGAAACCUUCGGUGACCGAUACUUGCGCAAACCUUCGUUGCAUGAUAUGCAACAACUAUAUGCGGCGCAUGAAGAAAGACAUGGUUUUCCGGGUUCUAACAACGACGGCAACGUUCUGGAUCAAUCACCAAUAUUUGAUGACCUUUUGUCAGGAAAAGCCCUGGAUGCUCCUUUCACAGUGAAUGGAAAUGAAUAUAAGUUUGGGUAUUAUCUUACAGACGGAAUAUAUCCACAAUAUUCCACGUUUGUGAAAGCGUUUCGACACCCAAUAGAUCCAAAAGACAAAUAUUUCAAGAGACGACAAGAAGGAGCACGUAAGGAUGUUAAACGUGCUUUUGGGGUUUUGAAAUCAAAAUGA